GAACAAAAACAAUGUCAGGAGAAUUGUAAUAUUGCUGUUUCUCUCUCAUCAUUGUUGAGUCGCUUUACUAAAUUCUCAUUCCUCAAUCUUCAGUUUUCCAUGUUUGAUUUGAUUUGAUUAUCAUGUAUCGUUUUCUACUUUCUCAUGAAGAUCUCGAUUCUCCAAAUGUAUGCAAAUCGCUAGAAGAAUGCAGAUAAGAUAAACAAGUCGAUGUUCGGUCUCCGAUCUCCAUUUCUCCAAAUCGGUAUGUUAAUGUAUGCUGAAUGUUACUUACACGAUUUCUACCAGAUUUCUCUUUGUUUUAACUGCCAUUUGAUACGUGAUACAUCAUUUGUUUUCUGGUAACCGCUCCGGAUCUGAUAUUUCCACUUGUUUUCUCGAUCAUUUAGUGAAUCUCCUGGAUUUGCCAGGUGUAGUUUUAGAUCUAUCCUUCUAUUGAUUUGUGUAAAGUGGAGGAACUACGAUGGUUAGUGAAAGCUUGACUGGUGAAACAUCUCUUAGUCAGGAAUUUCAAGCAUUAAGUAUGUCUAUGUCGAAAGGUCUGGUUAGAAACCCUAGCCCGAAGCAGAAAAGUAAUAAUAAAAGAGAUGAAAUCAAUGAUACAAGAUGGUCUUCAUGGAAAUGUCUCAAUUUAAAUGGUAGGAAUGGUAGCUGCAAAGUUGUAGCUGAAACAAAUGAAACAUUUGUGGAUCAAAAUGGUAGAAGAAAAUCAUCAAGUGCUAUAGAUUGCUUCUCUUACGGUAUGAAGGAGAAGUUCUGGAAGAGAAACGCAAGGAAAACGUAUAAACUCGAGCCUCAGAAGAGUCGAAGCGAUGUCUUUCUCCCCGAUGAUAUUCUCGAGAUGUGUCUAGUUAGGCUUCCACUCACCAGCUUGAUGAAUGCUCGUCUCGUCUGCAAGAAAUGGCGAUAUCUAACGACGAAUCAACGUUUCAUUCAGAUGAGACAAGAUGGUUUACAUCAAAAUCCAUGGCUGUUUCUGUUUGGCAUUGUUAAAGAUGGUUAUUCGUGUUCUUCGGAGAUUCAUUCGUUAGAUGUAUCUAAUAACCAAUGGCACAGGCUAGAUGCUUCGAUCCUUAAAGGAAGGUUCAUGUUCUCAGUUGCUAGCGCGAAAGACAGUGUUUAUAUAGUUGGAGGUUGUUCUAGCUUGACCAAUCUCGGAAAAAAGACACACAAAGGAGUUCUAUUGUUUCGACCUUUGAGUAAAUCAUGGCAUAAAAUGGCCUCCAUGAAGUAUGCAAGAUCAUCUCCGAUUCUAGGUACUUGUUCUAUUAAUAGAAACAAACGAUUCGUUCUGAUUGCGAUAGGAGGAGUUGGAUCGGGGGAUGAGCGGUUGGAAACAGGGGAGAUUUACGAUUCAACGUCAAAUAAAUGGUCAGAAAUUCAACGAUUACCGGUCAAUUUUGGUAUUGCUUGCUCGGGAGUUGUAUGCAAUCGAGUUUUCUACGUUUAUUCUGAAAGCGAUAAGCUUGUAGGUUUUGACGUAGAAAGGGGGUAUUGGGUGUGGAUCGAAACGGUUUCGAUUCCUCCCCGUGUUCACGAGUAUUACCCGAAGCUGAUUUGUUUGAGUGGGCGAUUAUUUAUGUUAUCGGUUUUGUGGUGCGAAGGAGACGGUGAAAUCGGGAGGAGGAAUAAGGCGGUGAGGAAAGUAUGGGAGUUGGAUUUCGUGAAUUUUAGUUGGUUUGAAGUUUCCACUCAUCCUGAUGCGCCUAUGGAUUGGAAUGCGGUGUUUGUUUCGGAUAGAGACGUGAUUUUUGGGGUUGAGAUGUUUAAGAUAUUCGGGCAGGUGUUGGAUUUCUUGACGGUUUGCGAUGUAUCGGCGUCGGGUGAGGGGAUGAUUUGGAGACAUGUAUCGAGGAAUAAAAUGGCUAAUGAACUUGAUGCUUAUUCUUGCGUUACUAAAUCAAUUGCGGUUGUACAUCUAUAAUGUUUUUUUUUAAACAUCUUUUCAUUUUGAAAGGGAAACGUUUUGUUCAUUAUGUC